GGAUAAGCUAUAUGACAGACGGUCGCCUUGGACGUUGAUUGGCUAUUGUCCUUUUGAACGCCCCCUCCAUGAGCAUCUAUUGGCUAUUGUCCCUUUGGAUGGCCAUCUGAUACGUUCAAUCUCUACCUAACCCGCCCUGGAUCGAGGCUGGCAAGGCAUAUCAAGCUAGUCAUCCUAGUAUAUGAGCCGCUGGCUGAACCCUUGGGCUUCAGGAUAACUAAUCUGUGUGUAUACAGAGGUUCUGCUGCUGCCAUUAUUAUGGCAUUAGGUCCAGACACAAUUGAGAGGCAGCGUCAACUUCAUUCAAAUCGUUGCUGGUCUACCUCUAACAGUACCUUAUAUCAGGUGGUACCGCUCGUCCCUGCACCCUGGAACUUGUCGUGACAGAGAUCUUCGUGCUUCCCCUCCCAUCUCAGACUUCGUGUUCGAAGCAGCUCAUUCAUGAUGGAAAGCGGACAGCCCAGCAGCCCAGAUCUCUUUCUUAAUGUCCCCUUCUCCAAGAAGUGGGGGUGCCACAAAGACACUAUUCUCAGACUGUACAUCGAUGAGGACCGGCGUCUUGAGGAUGUGGUCGACAUCAUGAAACGUAUAUACCGGUUCGAUGCUAAUGCUCGACAGUACAAAUAUCAUCUCAAGAAAUGGAACAUCUCAAAAUCCAUUUCUUCUUAUGUCAAGGACCAAGCAAUCCGGACGCUCGGGAAAAGGCUCCACGACGGCACAUCUGUCGGGAGCAUUCGUUACAAGGGGGUGGAGAUUAAUAAGCAGAAACUCAGAAGAUUUAUCAAAGACGAUGCUCGACUAAGUGUUGAUCUCAAAAUGAGUGGUUUCGUCUUUGGUCGUUGGAGCCCACUAGAGCACAGUAUGAAGCCGAAUUUAGAUCAUCCCAGCCCUGGCGCCAGUGAUUUCUCGACACCAAGCGAUUUUUCCGUCUUCAGCCCUCCAGUUAUCAGGGACCAUCCCAGACCAGAAGCGAAUGCUGCCUCGCCGACUAACGCGCCGACUCCAACCGCGCAAGCCAUUUCUGUGAAGACCCGUAUUGAUAAUUCGAAACUCCUUCUACAAGGAGAUAUUAGGAGUUUUUUGAAGGGGAUGCCAUUUUCAGAUAGAGUGGCGGCAACAACUUGGCUUCACCAAUUUUGGAUUUUUGCCUUCAAGACAUCGAAAUAUUGGGGGAAAGGACCCCAAAGGUGGACGGCAGAUCUACUGAGAAUGACGGAGCUCUUAGAGCGCCAUUCAUUACCUGGCACUCCAGCUUCGUGGGAGUUGACAGGCGAAGAUCGAAGACCAUCAGACAGAAGCCGGUAUCAAUGCAUUGUCCCAGAUACUGAUCAUCAACAAUACAAAUCUCCUGAACCGUCGCCAUUGUGUCGUUGGUGCAUCCAUCUCUACAAGAUUAACCGUGAAGGAAUGUGGCAAGGUACCGGUUUUGACGUAUACGACUGUUAUGAUUGGCCGAGAUGGGCCAAAGCUCCUUGCACUGUCAUGGAACGUUUAAACAGUGCCUUGGAGGACAACUCAUUCUCAGAUAUAAACAAUCACGACUUACCGCUUUCGACGAGUGUCAUAGUAGAAUCUGCCAAAGCUUCCCCAGAUGCGAUGGCUGUGGAGGCCAUUGGCUUCGCUAUCAUGGCUCGAAACAAGGAGCUUGUCCAUGACUUGCUUCAAGCAGCCAACCUCAGGGACCUCGAUCUUUCAGCCAUUCACCCUUAUCACCUCGCGGCCAGCUAUCUCGAUGGGAGUAGCACAUGCUGCGGAAUAUUUCAUGAGCUGUUAAAUCUUCCCAAAAGGAACGUCUUCAUAAGACUCUAUGUUAAUAAUUUGGGUCACACGGUACUAGAUUCUCUUAUGUUGACGAUUUUAAAAGGACAUACAUCGUGUACGCCAUUCAUGGCUGAUGAGCGCCUAAUGAACAUGGAACAAUUCCCUGGAGAGGACAUAGACGUCUGUGGACGCUGGGAUGCCGAUGCCUCAUGCCUUCGAGUACUCAAUACCCUUGGUUCACCAAGGAUUCCUUUUUCCUGGAAGCACAUGUUUUGUCAUACCUCGAUUCAGGCUGUUUGUCAUUCGGUCACUUAUUUGUUCUCAUUUUUUCAGACACCCGACAUCAACACCCCUAGUGGACUCUUUACUAAGUCCUGUUUUGCCUGUGGGAAUAAGCUUGUGCCAGGACCGCUUCACACGCUUGUUCUGACAGCCUCCCAACUGGCCCAACGUGGUUUCCAGGGCGAGAAUCUCUUCGGAAUGGUAGCCUGCCUAGUUUUCCUGCUGACGAAGGGUGCGAAUCCCGCAUUUAGGGCUGAAAUAUCUAUAGGUCUGUUAUUAGGAGUUGAUGAUCAACUUGAAUGUCGGCACGAUCCCCUGGAUCCUCUGGAAUUAGGGGAGAAAGUAUCGUCAGCGGCUCGCAAUUUUUGGCCAGAAGAGACAAAACUAGGCUGGGAUUGCUUCAUGGCGGUAUUAAGAUUCGCCCAAAGGGAAAUGGCUCGCAUUCGUGGCCGGCUUCUUUUGGACGAGAACGCUCACAGUGAAACUCCCUUCAUAUACGGCAAUCUCCCACUAGGACUUAGGAUCCUUUUCUGAAAGAAGAUGGUGUCAUGCAGUUAUGGGGUUGCGAUUGAUGAUGAAUUGUAGAAGGAGGGGCCGACUUAGUCCAUUAAUUACUAGACUACACACACUCUCUCUGUCUUUCUUGUUGGUGCGCUCAAACCAUCCCUCUUGUAAAUGAAGUUUUCAGUACCCAGGACACGAAUCUCUACCCUAACCUCCAGUACAUUCUCUGUAAUGAAGCAAUGUGGAGUAGUAUUUUAGUCAGCAAAAAGGGUUAAGAGAUUUUCCGGAUUUCGGGAUAACUCUGUACUGUAUAAAGCGACUCUAUGGCGAUGACUUCAUGAUUUUCGGUACAAGCAAGCAGACCUCGGCAUAGCAUGCUAACAAUAAAUCGCCUUCUUUUCUCUCUAA